AUGGUUCCGCCCAGCCCCCCAUAUGGAAAUCAAAGCCGCCUGUCUGGACCACCUUGGGUGUCGUCACUGCCAGCCUGGGGAGGCGUUCUGGCGAGCUCGCCCUUUGGCCCCGCCGGGCAUGGUUGGCACGGGCGCAGAAGUCCUCCCUGGGGUCCGCCGGGGAGGCUCCGAACGGCCGUCCUCCUUCGCAAGGGCACCCUUCGGCUCUCCCGCCGCAGGACUACAACUCCCAGCACGCUCUGCGCUAAACCCCGGGGGAGGAGGACAGAACCACUACAUCUCCCGGCAUGCUUAGCGGCGCGCUCGCCUGUACAAAAGGCCCCCCUCUCCCGGCCGGCUCCUGCCUGGCCGUCGGCGGCUCCAGAGUCGGGACUGCGUUUCCCGUGGUGCAGAGCGCGCGCAGAGGUGGCGACGGCGCCCGCCAGGGGUCAUUCGGCGGCUGGAGGGGCGGGACGCGGGCGGCGGGCGGCAACGGCGGCGUUGGCGGAGGAGGAGAGUCCGGGGCGGCCGCAGGAGGCUGCCGGCGCCGAGGAGAUGCAGGCGGGCGGCGGGGCCCCGCGGCGGAGGCAGCAGCAGCAGCAGCAGCAGCAGGAGGCGCAGGAGGAGCCCGGGGGCGGCGGCGGCGGCGGGCGAGGGGGGGUCCCGGCCGGCCACAGGCGAGGGGGCUCCGGGGAUGCUGUCGAGCCGAACGGCGGCCCGGCCAGCUCGGACUUCAGGUGCCACCGGCUCCAGGAUUCCCUGCUCAGCUCGGCCAGUGGCUACAGCAACUACCGGGGGAUCUUGAACUGGUGCGUCGUCAUGCUGGUCUUGAGCAACGCCCGCCUCUUCCUGGAGAAUCUCAUUAAGUACGGCAUUUUGGUGGAUCCCAUCCAGGUCAUCUCCCUCUUCCUGAAGGACCCCUAUAGCUGGCCCUCAUUGUGCCUUAUCAUCAUGGCCAACGUGUUUGUGCUGGCGGCUCUGCACGCAGAGAAGAGGCUGGCCACGGGUUCCCUGUCGGAGUUCGGUGGGGCGGUCCUCCACACCAUCAACCUCCUCAUCAUGUUGUGCUUUCCAGCCUUUGUGGUGCUGUCAGUGACGUCCAUCACACCAGUCGGGGCUGUGUUCGCUCUGGCCAUCCACACCGUCCUCUUCCUCAAGCUCUUCUCCUUCAAGGAUGUGAACAGGUGGUGCCGAGAGAGGAGGCGCGCCAAGGGAGUCCCGGCAGCUUCCGGCUCCGCUUCCGGGCCAGCGAGAGCCAACGGGGACGUCACCUCGAGUGGAGUGUCUUACCCAGAAAACUUAACCUAUCGAGACAUGUACUACUUUGUGUUUGCACCAACUCUGUGCUACGAGCUGAACUUCCCUCGCUCCCCCCGGAUCCGGAAGCGCUUCCUGCUGCGCCGGCUCUUUGAGAUGCUCUUCUUCCUGCAGCUGCUCGUGGGGUUGAUUCAGCAAUGGAUGGUGCCCACCAUUCAGAACUCCAUGAAGCCCUUCCGGGACAUGGACUACUCCAGGAUGAUAGAGCGCCUCCUGAAGCUGGCUGUUCCCAACCACCUGAUCUGGCUCAUCUUCUUCUACUGGUUCUUCCACUCCAGCCUGAAUGUGAUAGCUGAAAUCAUGCAGUUUGGAGACCGGGAGUUCUACCAAGACUGGUGGAACUCUGAAUCGGUGACCUAUUUCUGGCAGAACUGGAACAUUCCUGUCCACAAGUGGUGCCUCAGGCAUUUCUAUAAACCCAUGAUCAAGAGGGGCGUCAGCAAAUGGACAGCUCAGACGGCUGUGUUCUUGGCUUCCGCCUUCUUCCAUGAGUACUUGGUGAGCGUGCCCUUGAAGAUGUUCCGGCUCUGGGCUUUCAUGGGGAUGAUGGCUCAGAUCCCCCUGGCCUGGUUUGUCGGACGGUUUCUGCAGGGCAACUACGGCAAUGCCGCUGUGUGGAUCUCCCUGAUCAUCGGGCAGCCGGUUGCCGUCCUGAUGUAUGUGCACGACUACUAUGUGCUGAACUACGAAGGAAGGCAGUGACGGGGGCCGGGGUGCAGCUGCCUGCCCGCUUCCUCCGGGUGCCUGGCGGGCAAAGGCAGAAUCAGCCCCGUCUCCCUCUUCUUCCCGUGGGAGCUUCGCAACUCACCAGCGUGGGCAGAUGUGCUGCCGUCGCCAUCUUUGUCCUGGGAAGCUGCCGCGUGUGGUCUUUCGUGUCUGUGUCUAUGAGAGGUGGCUGCUCGCCGGCCCCUCUGAGUGUGAAAAUGCUGGAUCAAUGCAAUAGCCUUCCAAGGCUGGUUCGCAGCUGGCGUCUGCCAGAUCACCCCUGGAGUUUGGGAGCCAGUCACGGUGGGUGGAGAUCUCCCACCUCUGGAUCUGUCUUGUAGGACUGGAGGGUUGGAUCGUGCUGUGUCAGCUGAGAGGGGGGUAGGCAGCAGGGCUUUAUUUGCUUUCUAAGAAAAUGUGAACUUCAGCCAGAGUCCCCCGGGGGUGGGAUAGACCCUCAGUGGCCCUGGCCUCUGCAACCCGAGGGCAGCCCCCUUGCGCUGCUGUCCCUGAAGCACUUUAACGUCCCCUGGGUGGGUUCUUGCUGGGUAUCCUCUUAAGGGGUAAGCUGGCAGCUCCUCUGGGAUCAGAAAGGGUAUUUCUGUUGGGUUGGCUUUGUAGGGAUGGGUGCUCUUAACCGGGGGAUUCCAUGGCCAGUUUUGGGACUGCCUUGUGUGUGUCUCUCUCAAGGCUUAGUUCUGUCAUCCUCGUCUGAGUUCUGUCCCAGGUCCAAAGAGCUGCCACACUUCUCUGCGCUAACUACAAUCCAUCCUGGUCUGACAAAAGCUGAGCUAUCCGAGGGACUCCCUUUAUGUCCACCUUGGUUUUGUGAUAUAUUCUCUCUGGUUGGGGCAACCACCCGCCUUUCCCCGGGGCCAUCCUGACUGUGUGUGCCCUUUCCGUGUUUGGUCACCUUAGCGACUUUUUAGAGUUUGCAGACUGAAUCUGCCCGGUACUACGUGAUUAAAGCAUAUUUUCGGAAA